AUGGAUCCGACGGAAGCCUUGCCGGACGACGCGCUCGCCAACAUCCUCUGCCGCCUCCCGCCGUGCGACCUCGCAGCGUCCCGUUGCGUGCGCAAGGCGUGGCAUGCCCUAGUCGACGCCCGUCGGCUCUUCCUCCCGCACCUCCUGCCGCACUCUCUGCACAGAUUCUUCGUCAACUACAUCGACUACUGGCACCCACGCCUCUUCUCUCGCCCCUCGACGGCACGGCCCGUCAUCAACGGCAAUCUCACUUUCUUGCCCGACUACAGCAGCAGCCUCCGCCCGAUCGUGGAUCACUGCAAUGGCCUCUUGCUUUGCCAUGACUGGAGGGAGUUCUAUGUGGUCAACCCUGCCAUGAGGCGCUGGGAAGAGCUCCCCCGGGAGGACAGGAACGGCGAUGCAUACCUUGUGUUUGACCCUGCCGUCUCAUUGCAUUACGAGGUGUUCUUCAUCCCGCAUCUACCCGACAAGCCUAAAAAGCUCGACAUACUGCAAGCUCAAGACACAGAAGAGAACCACUGUCACGACGCUACUGAAUAUCGCCUGCCACUGAAGUUCAAUUCAGUGUUGAAGACGAACCAGGGGAGAAGACGGUUUCCUAAAAGGCGCUUUCAUUAAACUAUUGCAACCGUUACCCAGUUGCUCGGAUCUUCAUCCAACGGCUGGCUGUCAUUCCAGUAACUUUCCACAGUGUUAUCACUGUUUACCGUCUGUGCCUUUUCCCUUUUACCUAUUACUGCUGUUACUAUCUGAAACUUAACCGAGCUAGGGAAGUAUAUAAUCCCCU